UUAUAAUAUUUUUUUUGCUACAUUGAAAUUCCACAAGGUUGGUGUAGAAUUUGGAGGAGCAAUUAAUAUUUCCUUUUUGGCAAAAGAAUUAAUGUUACCAAUUAAGUGUUAAGAAAAGCACUUGUUUAUGUACUUAUAAAAGGCCAUAUAUUUUUGGCUUCAAGCUCCAACAAAUGUGCAUGUUCUUUUACUCUAUUUGGCUUUAAGUUGGUGAAAGUUUUUGAAGGGUUUUGAUAUGCAAAAAACUGUCACAUUGUUAUUGCUCCUUUUCUUCACUUGUGUUUUCUUAAGUUGUACUCUAUUUGCUUUCAAAAUAAAUAAAAAUGGUUGUACUCUAUUUGUAGUAGACCAUGUCAAGAUAUAACUUUCAUGAUUAUUUUCUUAUCACAAAUUUAUAGACAAUUUUUUGGACAAGUUCUCGAAACCCUCAUACUUUUAUUGAUCCUAUAUAUGCUUUGUUGUCCGUUUAGUUAUUAAAAACCUCCAAAUCCUAUAUAGCUUUAAAAUUAUUACAAAAUUUUAAGGUCUAUCUUUUGAUUGUUUUAAUGGAUAUUUACUCAAAGACAGUAAAUUUUGUAACCUUGGCACUCCACAUAUACACAAGUUUAACAUUAUUUGGAAUCUGCUUGGGACAAAGUUUUCCUGCUAACUUUAUUUUUGGUGAUUCUCUGGUUGACACUGGAAACAACAACUACAUUGUUUCCUUAUCAAAGGCUAACUAUGUUCCGAAUGGAAUCGAUUUCGGUUCACCAACUGGGAGAUUCACAAAUGGAAGAACAGUCAUUGACAUUAUAGGUCAAGAAUUGGGUUUCAAACAUUUCGCUCCACCUUACUUAGCUCCCACAACUUCUGGACCAAUAGUUCUUGAUGGUGUAAAUUACGCUUCUGGUGGAAGUGGAAUAUUUAAUGAAACUGGAAUAAUAUUUGGAGGGAGAAUAAAUUUUGAUGCACAGAUUGAUAACUUUGUAAAUACAAAGCAAGACAUUAUCUCCCAAAUUGGUCUCCUGGCUACCAUGCAAUUGUUUGAAAAAUCUCUCUUCUCAGUUACAAUUGGCUCAAAUGACUUCACCAAUAAUUACUUGGGACCAAAACAGAUGUUGGUGUCUCCAGACAAAUUUGUGAGAGCUAUGAUUUCAAGAUUGAAAUCACAACUUAAUAGACUUUACAACUUGGGAGCUAGGAAGAUUGUUGUGGUUAGUGUGGGAACUAUUGGGUGCAUACCAUAUCAGAGAGAUAUUAAUUUCAAAUUAGGGGACAAUUGUGCAGCAUUGCCUAAUGAGCUAGCUCAGUCAUUCAACACCCAAUUGAGAAGCCUUGUUCUAGAGCUUAAUGCCAAUCUCAAAGGGUCAAAGUUUGUGUAUGCAAAUGCUUACCAUGUUAUGAAAGAUAUCCUUGACAACUACAUAAAAUAUGGUUUUGAAUACCAAAACUCUUCUUGCUGCUGUUACCUUGCUGGGAGGUUUGGAGGUCUGAUUCCAUGUGGUCCUUCAUCAAAAGUGUGUUUGGACAGGUCCAAAUAUGUGUUUUGGGAUGCAUAUCAUCCUUCUGAUGCUUCUAAUGUCAUCAUAGCAAACCAUUUUCUAGAUGGUGACACUACUUUCAUUUCACCAAUGAAUAUUAGAAAACUAUUCUCAUCUUAAUUCUUAAACCAACCACAAAAGGAUCACCAAAAUUUUUUAAUAAAAUAUAAUAAUAAAUAAUAUGACCUUCUCCCAUUAUUUGUUAAUAAAUAAUAAAUAACAUAAUUACUACAAAAGGUCAUUAUUAUUUUUUUUACCUUCUUCAGUUAUAGAAGAAAUAAAGACAAUGUACAUGUAAUCAUUUGAUGAUAAUGAAGCAAAACGUUAUUUCUACGAA